AUGGCGGCUGUGGAUAUAAGAGACAAUUUGCUGGGCAUCUCCUGGGUGGACAGUUCCUGGAUCCCCAUACUGAACAAUGGCACCGUCCUGGACUACUUCUCAGAACGAAGCAACCCAUUCUACGACAGGACGUGUAAUAAUGAAGUGGUGAAGAUGCAGAGGUUAACUCUAGACCAUCUGAAUCAGAUGGUUGGCGUGGAAUAUAUAUUGUUACAUGCACAAGAGCCUAUAUUGUUCAUCAUCAGAAAACAACAGAGACAGUCUCCUACACAGGCUAUACCGCUGGCGGAUUAUUACAUCAUCGCAGGGGUAAUCUACCAGGCUCCAGAUCUGGGAACAGUUAUCAAUUCUAGAGUUCUGACCGCAGUUCAUGGGAUCCAGUCUGCAUUUGAUGAAGCCAUGUCUUACUGCCGGUAUCAUCCUUCUAAAGGCUAUUGGUGGCACUUCAAAGACCAGGAAGAGCGAGACAAGGCCAAACCAAAAACUAAAAAGAAAGAGGAAGCCAGCUCCUUCUUCCAGAGACAGAGGGUAGAUGCGUUGCUACUUGAACUCAGGCAAAAGUUUCCACCAAAGUUUGUCCAGGUAAAUGUAAAGAGUUGCACAGUGCACAUUGAACAGAUAAAAAAAGAACAAGAGCCACCAGCUGAGGUAGUGGUAAAACAAGAAGAAAAAGAACCGGUUAAGCCACCUCAAGGAGCAACCCCCAAAGGUCCACCGGAGAAGAGAAUGAGGUUACAAUAG